AUGGCCUCCUCGACCGCAGAGCUCGUCACGCAGCACAUCGUCGAGGGUCAUCGAGCUCGCCUCAGCCACGGCAACGACCAUGACCACGCCCUCGACGCUGAAAUCGCCGACGCCCUCGGCCCCUCAUCGUCAAACCUCGUCAACCGCCUGCGCCACAUCAGGGCCGAGGCAAAAGUCACCACCCAAGGCCGAUUCACCACUGACGACGUUCAUAUCGCCCCAGCACAUGCUCACGGCUGCGACGCCGGUCCUAGCCGCCUUCGCCGCCUCCAACAUUCGCCGCCCGACACUGCCCUGACCGAGCUCUGCUGGCGCGAUGGUGUCCUCACCUGGUCCCGCGGCUGCAAGGUGGUCCGCACGUUCACGUUUCCGGAACCCAUCCUGCAGGCAUUCUGGACUUGGAUGGAGGUCGACAGCCCGGACCCCAUCGAGCGCGCCCCCGGCAAGCGACCCUCGAGCGCCGCCGCCCCUCGUUCUCCUGCCGACCAGCAGGUGGCAGCCCGCACUCUUCUACGCACCCGCGGCGCGUUUUCGGCGCUACAGAGACAUCGCUCCCACCAAUCCGCCAGUGGCGCGACCAACCGCGAUGGCCUCCGCGCCUCGCACGACCCAGAGUCGGCCCAUCUCGAGCGCACCCUCUGCAUCUUCUUCCAGCAGGGGCUCCUGCUCCACAUCCCGCGCCGUGGCGAGGAGCAUCGCAUCGACCUGCCCUUCCGGCCCGCGCGCGCCUUUCCCAUGCCCGUCGGCCUGUUCAUCCAGAGGCAGACCGAGAACGAGGACGUCGAGAUCGCCGACCGCCUGCAGCGCCAGCACCGUCGUUUCGACGACCAUCGCGACGCAUCCUCGUCCGCCUCGGGCAUGGGCUACCCCUUCCCCAACGUGGCCGCCUCGAUGCUCGACCCGCAGACUCCGGACUUUGGUCCCUACAUGCCGUCUGGCGGAGAUAUGGACAUGGACAUGGACAUCGACGAAGACGACGAGGACCAGCUGGCGUCCACCAUCCUCCCCAUGGCCUUCCACCUGCGACGACCCUUUGACGAACUGGCCCAGGUCGAUCGCUAUCCUCAGAUCUCUGAAUCGGUGAAUACAAGCGGGGGCUCGGAUGGCGCCCACUUUGUCCACGGCCCCGCAACGCCCUUCACCGACGUCGACGAGGCCAUUGUGUUUGUCUCGCAGUGCACCGAGCAGUCGCCGCUGCCGGUGCUGGUGACCGCGAGCCACCGCACCCGCUCGAUCCGCAUCUACGCGUUCUCCGAGACUCCCACGCGGCCCAUGUCCACCUCGAUCAUCCUCUCGUCGCGCCUCGCCGCCGGCACUCAGGGCUCCAGCGACCUCCCGGGCUCGCAGUCGAUCGACAUGAAGCUCGAUCUCGUCGCCGCACAGGACUCGUCCUCGGCCGGUCCAUCGACGACGGCCAGGCCGGACGAAACAGGCGUCGAUCCGCAGAGCUCGUUGGCGCGAGGCAUCGGAAGGGGCCUGCCCUCGACGCGCAAGAGCGGGCGGAUCGAGCUCGAGAGGCGGUCCAGCACCAAGUCGGUGCCCAUGGGCCGCGACCCCAGCGGCCGCAGCCGCCGCAUCAGCGCGAUGCACGCCGGCAACAACGAGCGUCGGAUGGCCAGCCGGGCCGACGAGGUCGGUGCCCUGGCGAGGGAUCGGACCAUGAACGGCAACGUAUCGCAGACCGUCGACGGCCUGCGGAGGCAGAGCCAGGCCCUCACCCAGGAGGCGAUGCUGGGUGAGCUGACCAACGGCAACGUCAGCGUGCGGGUGCCCUCCUCGGCCCGCCUGCGCAGGAGCUCGCAGGCGGUCAGGACGCCCUAUGCCGGGCCGCGCACCACGACGCGACAGCCGGGCACGGCGGCCCGAACGCCCGCGGCGAGGACGCGCCUGUCGAUGUCGAUGCCGCGGCCCGACGCCAGCAUCGACAACUUCGAUCUCACCUCGUACCCUGCGGCCGGUCCGAGCACAGGCAAGCUGGGCGCCUACGAGCCGGAGGCGCUCGACGCCAACGACUCGUCGUCUCGCUCGGCCGAGUCCGACCCCCUUGGCGGUCUGGCCGACCUGGACAACUUUGCCCGCAGCUUCGCCACCGUCGCGCUGCUCGAAGAGAUCCCGGCGGCGGGCCUCAACAGCGCCGACAGUUGCCAGAAGAUCGACGUCAAGGUGGCGCGCUUCUCUGCGGCCAGCGACAGCCCAGUCCACCUCUACAUCUCGGUGCCAGCCCUGGGCCAGACCUUCUGCCGCCUGGUGCGGUGGCGCAGUUUCGCCGCCGAGGGGGGCCGCACCCGCCGGGCUCUGCACUCGGGCAAGCCGGAGGCGUCGUCUGCGCUGCCGGUGCUGGACACGGCCAUGGUCGCAGUGCUCCCGUCCCAGGGCGGCGUAGCCAGCGGCGUCGUCGUCGUGGAUCCCGACAACUCGCUGUCGCUCUGGAUCGGCCCGGCAGGGCGCGGGCAGGGGCCGCUCAAGCUGGGAGCCUGGAGGAGGUGGUCGAUCGGGCGGCAGCGCAGCCCCAAGAACGAGACGCUGGCAAUAUCUUCGACCAUCCGCCAUGUCUCGUCAGUGCAAGGCACCACGCUGCGGCUCCACUUCGCCGAGCACGACGACGCGGUGCAGGUCGACCUCGACUUCGAGCCGCGCUGCUCGCUGACCCAACGCACGCUCCGGCUUCUCUCGGCGAUGCUGCCGCCCGGCGCGUACGCUUCGUUAAAGGGCGCCUGGAUCGCCAAUCGCUUUGGCCUGGACAAGCCCCAGGAGCAGCAGGGCCCGCCUCUGCCGGGUCAGGACUGGGAGACGCUUGUGCAGGUGCUCGGAGGCAGCUCCGCCGUCCAGUCCGGGGCCGCUGAGGCGACGGGCAUCGCUCCCCUAGAUCGAUUGGCCAUGUCGCUGUCGCAUGCGGAAGAGGGCGACAACGACAUCUUUGCCGGGUGGAGACAGCUGCCUGCAGGGGAGGGACCAGCGUCGAGCACGAACGCCGCACCCAAGCCCGUCAGCCUCACGUCGUACGACCGGCGCACCGUCGCCGCCGUCCUCCACCUGCUCGCGCAGGAGAGCCGGCUCGACUCGAUCGCGGCCACGUCCGACCUGCCGCGACUGGUGCGGCUGCUCGUCCAGGUGGCAUCGGCUUGCGGGCUCGACAGCUGGCUCGACUAUUGGAAGCUCGUCGCCCCAUCGUCGUCGCAGGCGCCGCCCGCCUGCCCAGUUGACGGCCAGACGGCAGAUCCGAGGGCCGAGGCCAAUGCCGCACCGUUCGACGUCUACGAGACGCUGUCUCGACAGCUAAAGGGCAAGACCAAGGCGACCAUCGCCGACCUUGCGCGCGAGGUCGCUCGCAGCGUCGUACCCUCCGCGACGCACGAGGUGCUGCUCGAUGUCUGCGGCAGGACGUCGCAGCUGCUCGAGCUCUACGCUCUCUUUGCGCCCGUCCAAGGCCAGGCGGCGCCGGUGGCGCACCGCGUCGUGGAGCGGAUGAUCUCGCUCGGCGUCGGCCACGACGAGGUGCGAAGUCUACCGCUCGGGUUGGCGUUGCCGCUGCUCGAGGCGAUCCGCAGCUCGCAACUCGACCCUCCGAUGCGCUGGUCCGCGGAGGCGUUCCGGCUGGUCCAUCGGACCGACCUGGCCAUGCACCUGCUGGCGCGCACCACGGGCUACAGCACCGACCUCGAGCAGGCCGUGUCGCACAAGCUGCUCCGCACCAUGCCGAGGCGCUCGCACCUCGACCCGCUGUGCGCCCUCAUCUUCAACCGCGACUUCCGCCUCGCCGACGUCGUCCGGAUGCUCGAGACGACGACCGUCAGCACCGUCCACGUGCCCGAGGUCGAAGACCAGCCCGAGGCGGCGGUGCUCGAGCAGCACGCGCGCGCCGUCGCCGCCAUCACCGAGAGGACCAAGGCGGUGCCCGUCGGUCGGGGCAUGCUCUACAUGGCCUCACGGCCCUUCCACGCUACGCAAAAGUGGCACAUCCCCCCGCUGUGCCUCGGCGUCAAGGUGGUGCCUCGAGGCACGCUCGUCGAGCCCGACGCCAAGGCCGACGCCGCCCUCUUCGAGUGGCCCGAGUUCCACAACGGCGUCGCCUCGAUCCUCGAGGUCUGCGUGCCGCAAGGCGCAAAGGUCGAUUCCAAGUGGAUCUUUUCGCACCUCGGCGAAGAGCCCACGGCCAAGCACGCCGGCUUCCUGUUUGGGCUCGGCCUCACAAAGCACCUGCCGGCGCUGACGCCCGUGCACGUCUUCCGCUACCUCAAGGCCCGCCACAACCUGCUGACCAUCGGCUUCCUGCUGGGCCUGGCCGCCGCCGCCGUGGGCACGGGCGACCCCGCCGCGCGCCACCUGCUCGGCAUGCAGCUCGUCGCCUUCCUCCCGCCGGGCUCGGCGCCGCUCAACCUGUCGAUCCUCACCCAGACGGCGGGGCUGCUGGCCAUGGGCCUCGUCUUCCUCGGCAGCAACCAUCGCUGGACAGCGAGCCGGAUGCUCCAGCAGAUCGGGGCUGCCGAGUCGCCGAUCCCCGACGUCCAGUCGCAGCAUCGCGAGGCCUACUCGCUGUCGGCCGGCCUCGCGCUCGGGCUCAUCAUGCUGGGCAAAGGCAGGAGCGACGGCAUGGCCAGCCUGCCCGACAAGCGCAUCGUCGUCAAGCUCGAGCAGCUCAUCAACGGCUCCCUCGGCGACAUGCAGCGGAGCAAGCGUAAGCCGAGCGCCGUCAAGGUGGAGCUCAAUCCGGACCUCAGCCUCACCUCGAUCCCGGCCAGCGUGGCGCUGGGCCUCAUCUUCCUGCGCAGCAACCGCCGGGACGUUGCCGACGUCCUCUGGCUGCCGACGACCGACGAGCUGCUCGACUACAUCCGCCCGGACGUGCUGCUGGUGCGCGUGCUGGCGCGCUACCUCAUACUGUGGGACGACAUCCGCUGCUCGGUCGAGUGGAUCGAGGGCGUGCUGCCAGAGUGGAUGCGGGUCGGCAGGGCCAAGGCGGGCCGUGAGCUGUCCGAGGCGGCGCAGCUGGCGUCGAUCAACAUGAAGGCGGGCGCCUGCUUCGUCAUGGGCCUCAAGUACGCCGGCUCACACGACGCGCGCGCCCGCGCGUGCCUGCUGCAGCAGCUGGCUCAGCUCAACCGGGAUGCCAAGACCAAGGCGCUCACCUACUUUUCCAAGAUCCGCCAGUCUGCGCUGCGCGCUGCGGCCGACCUGGUCACGGUUUCGCUCGCGGCGGUGGUGGCGGGCAGCGGCGACCUCGAGGUGCUGCGGACGCUGCGCAUGGCGCACGGCGACGUCGAUUCGGAGCGCAGCUACGGCUCGCACAUGGCCACCCACAUGGCCAUCGGCCUGCUCUUCCUCGGCGGAGGCCGGCUGACGCUGGGGUCGUCGGACUCGGCGAUCGCGGCGCUGCUGAUCGCCUUUUUCCCGCGCUUCCCCGGCAGCAGCACCGACAACCGCGCGCACCUCCAGGCCUUCCGCCACCUGUGGGUGCUGGCGGCGGAGCCUCGCCUGCUGAUCGCCAAGGACGUCGAGAGCGGCGAGGCAGCUGCCGUGCCCAUGCGCAUCCAGACCCGCCUCGACGGCUCCCACAUCGACGAGACCGACCAGGAGACGGCCAUCCGCACGUCGACGCUCGGGUUCGCGCCGACGCUGCUGCCGAGCCUGGACCGGAUCGUCGGCGUCUCGACCAACACGGCGAGGUACUGGCCCACAUCGCUGCAGGUGGCCGACUCGGUGCAGCACGCCCAGACGCUGCUCCACUCUCGCAUCUUGCACGUGCAGCGCAAGACGGGCUACCUCUCGUACAGCGACGACCCGCUGGGCAGCCGGAGCAUCUUUUCCAGGUCGCUCGGCACGGCGCCGCUGGAUCUGGGCCAAGGGGCGGCGGCCGGGCUGGGACCGUCGAUGGACGACCUGCGCGAGCUGGUGCAUGGCUUUGCGAGCGGCGGCAAGCACGAGGAGCUCGUGGAGCGCCUGUGCGGCGACGUGGCGGCGGCAAGGGAGGAAGCGACGACGGCGGGGGCAGGCUUCCAGGCGCUGCUGCGGACGAUCGUCAUGGAGUGCCUGACGCUCGACAAGGCGUACGUCCUGCCCAUUUACCUGGCGAUGGUGCUGGCACUCGAGCUGGCGCCAAGCGCGGGGGAGGGUGCGGUCGCCACGCUCAACGACCUGCAGUUCGCCGAGUCGUUCUACGACGACGUCUUUGAGCGCGUCGCUGCCGUUGCUGCGAUGCAGGCAGAGGGAGGGCCUCGUGCGGCGGCAGCGGCGGCAGCAGCGGAGCAGCCACACCGGGCGCCGCUGGUACAGCUCGGCCUGCUGUCCAAGAUCCUCUAUACGGCUCGGCAGCGCGGGCGCGAGGCGAUCGACGAGCGGCCGGAAGCGCAGCGUGCGCUUGCCGCCUUCCUCGAGCGCAGCGAGUCGUGCGCACCGGCGACGACGACGGCGGACGGCACGGGCGAUGCGCUGGCGUUCCUCUGGGCGGCCGAGGGGCGGCCCAAGAUCGAGACGAUGCGCGAGCUAGCGAGCCUGGUGCGUCGUGCUGCCCUCGAUGCGGUACAGCAACAGCAACAGCAAAGCGGCGGCGGUGGUGGUGCGGACGACGAAGGGCGGAGGAGAGCGGAGCUGGUGGACGCGCUGCGCACCACGGCCAGAAUGGCGAUCCAGGCCUACGAGGCGACGGACGAGGCGGAAGGGGAAGGGGACGGGGCACGAGGAGCGGCGAGCGCGAGGGCGAGCGCGGGCCGGUGGUCUGCCUACCUGGUCGACAAGGUUGUCGAGAUCGUCGUGGCGAGGGCGCUGGCGUAG